CCGGGACGAGGAGGCGGCAUCGCAUCCGGCCAAAGGCAUACCGGCCAAUUUUCGUUGCACCCAAUCCCCGAAUUGCAGGGUCCCUUUGAAGAGUCGAUUGCGGAGACCCGCCAUACAGCACGAUGGGGCUCAGUCGAGCUUGACGCUCAAACUAGACGCCGAGAUCUCCUUGAGACUCCCCAAUAUGAGCGACUCUGUGGUCGUAAAUGGCGCCAAAGAGCCGAUGAACGGUAUCAUCCACUCUGGAAGCUUACCGCACAGAUGUCUUUUGGUGUUCAUCUCCUUGUUAGAGGGUUGGCCAAGUCAGAUGUGGAAGUUUUGAGAAUUCUUCAGUCCCAUGUGGACGAAGUGGAUGGAUUCCUGGGGAGAACUGCGGAGGAUUUUUCCAUCAUACAGCUUGAUGUGCGCACACGCAUACAGUACCUUAGUCUACCUCUGGAGAACCUAGAUGUUUUCGAUGAGAUGCUGGGGGACCGUAGCUUUCGUCUCUCCAUCACUGACUAUAACGAGAGGAUUGAACAUGCAAUCACAAGAUUCACAAUCGCAGUCCAGGACGCCUUGAAGGACAUAGAAAAGGGACGGGAAGCGAUCGGUGCCCUAUGGAGGUACCUUUUUGAAUCGGCGAACGAGAAUGACCCAAUGCCGGGUAGGAUGGUAGCGAUCUAUAAUGCCAUGCUAUCAAACGCAGAGGGCUGGAACAAUGCAUUCUCAAAACUCCAGCGCAAAGGCGUGGCCCUCCAAUACGCACUUGGUCAACUCGGCUUGGCUAUAACUGAAAUGCAGCGGCGUGUCGGUGUGGCAAGUCGAAGGUCCGUGGUCUCCUUCGCACAGCGCUCCAACCGGCUUCUGCGAGGACGAUCGCUCAAAGAAUGCGUCUCUGAAAAGGACUCAAGCGUCGGAACCCAUUUUGCCAUAUCAUCCAAGCCUCUUCCUCGUGCACCAGACCUCCCGCAAUCAGCGCCUACUGUGUGGCUGAAUGAACGCCGAAGGUUGAUGCAGAAAAGUGUUCCAAACUUGAGAGCGGCCGGAAGAAGUACGGAAGAAAGCGCUUCCCAGAUGAUGGACCGACCAACGUCCGUCAGUGAAGUGCCGGACAGAAAGGCCUCCAAAGUAUUUGUCCCCAGCAUUCGGCGCAAUGUAGUCACGCUCUCGAAAUCCAAGUCGAAGCCGACGGAACCUCAAGACCAGUCAGUCCAGCGACCAUCCACAGCGCCAUCCAGGGCGUCAAGGGCGCGGAGUAUCUCUCUGGAUCACCUCAAAUUCUUGCAUAAAAGCCGGAAGCGUGAAGGAGUAUUAGCACCGGCCCCCGCCGAACAGCCCCCUAUGCCACACGUAUCAUUGAGGCGGGAGACGAUGAAAGCCCAAUUGCUGCAGUUCUUCAGGUCCGACCGCGUGCAAGAUGCUUGGGAGACUGCAGCACGCAAUGAGAAAGAGGCUACUGUUGAGAAUAGUUCCGACCUUAAGAAGGACGGACCGUGGAGCAAAUUUCAAAUCGCAUCGUCCAAGAACAACGGUGCGGCGCAUGGAGCACAUCCCGACGUUCUCGAACCAGCCUCCGCCGAAGACAUGGCAUGGCUUCCAAAAAAGGACUCGGAAACGCUUAACACCUACUCACUCAAGCCAAAACCCAAUACAGCGCCUCGCUUCCACUUGUUCCCCGCCCAGACAAGCCUGCCUCAAGAGAUGAAGGCGCUCAAGAUCAGGAGUACCACCAACGAGAGUCUCAGAAAGCAAAAAAAAUCCUUGCAACCAGUGAUUACAGCCCUUCCUUCGAUACUCGGGCCAGAGGCACAAAAAACCGACUUGCAU